CACUAAAACCGCACCACGCGACCGGUCGCGACUUCCUAACGCUCGUAGUAUUCAUUUUUUUAUGAGAAAACUAUCAUAAAAAUGUCCGAGAGUAAAGUGAGUGAGCCUGUGGAAAUGGUCGGGCUGUUAGAGAAAAAGAGUGCGGAAGGACCAAACGCGAACCCCAGAAUGGCGGAGAUUGGAGUGUCACAAGCAGAGUUGGUAGACUCACGAGGUGACAAUGCACGGAAACUACCACAGUACAUUGCUGCAUUAUCAGCCACGCUCGGAGCGUUAGCCGCCGGCACCAUGCUCGGUUGGUCAUCGCCUGUCAUGUACAAGAUCACGCAACCUAACAGCACCGACUACGACUUUCCUGUAUCUGUCAGCCAAGGUGAUUGGAUAUCCUCUGUCAUCAACCUCGGUGCUGCGGCCAUCUGUAUCCCCAUAGGUCUCAUCAUGGACAUCAUUGGCCGCAAAAAGACCAUGUUAUGCCUCGUACUCCCGUUUACGUUGGGAUGGCUGCUCAUUACCUUCGGAACAAGUGUCGGUAUGCUCAUUGCCGGAAGAUUUGUAACUGGUAUCGCAGGAGGAGCUUUCUGUGUCACAGCGCCGGCUUACACCAGUGAGAUAGCCCAGGAUUCCAUCAGAGGCACUUUGGGCAGCUACUUCCAACUUAUGAUCACAGUUGGUAUUCUGUUCGCGUAUGCCGUCGGCAGUUAUACAUCUGUGUUCGUCUUCAACAUUCUCUGUCUUCUGAUUCCCAUCAUAUUUGGCGUCGUAUUCUUUUUCAUGCCGGAAAGUCCCAACUACUUGGUAGUGAAGAACAGGAAUGACGAAGCCCGUGAGGCUUUAGUAAGGCUGCGCGGCAGCCAAUAUGAUGUGGACUACGAGCUCGACAAACUGAAGCAGAAGGCUGAAGAGGCAAGGAACAACCCAGUGUCAUACAUGAAUGCCAUCACAAAGAAAAAUGCCAUCAAAGCUAUAGUCAUCUGCUACUCGCUGAUGUUGUGUCAGCAAUUGUCUGGUAUCAAUGCUGUCAUCUUCAACACUUCCACUAUCUUCGGUGCCGCUGGUGCUGCCAUAUCUGCUUCUAUUUCUACCAUUGUCAUCGGUGUGAUCCAAGUUGUGGCGACCUUCGGCUCAAGUUUGGUUGUAGACCGUUUGGGCAGACGUAUACUGCUUCUGCUUUCUGCUCUUGUGAUGUGCCUCUGUUCUACUGCUUUGGGAGUUUUCUUCUUCCUGCAAGAUACCCACGGGCAAGACGCGCCAAUUGUGCUAGCUAUUAAUUGGUUGCCGCUGCUCUCUCUGUCGCUGUUCAUAGUCGCCUUCUCUAUUGGUCUUGGGCCGAUCCCGUGGAUGAUGGCUGGAGAUUUGUGCCUCAUCGAUAUCAAGGCGUUCGUGAGCUCCACAGCAGGUACUCUGAACUGGCUGUUGAGUUUCACGGUGACCAGUACAUUCAACUCCCUGAAUACUGCCAUAGGAUCAGGCCAAGUGUUUUGGAUGUUCGCUGGCAUCAUGCUUCUCGGUUUUGUAUUCAUCUUCUUCGUGGUUCCCGAAACUAAGGGGAAGAGUGUGGACGAAAUCCAACUAUUGCUCGGAGCCGAGCCCCAGGAGAGGCAGGUGGAGGAAAAGAAAUGAAUAGACUGACAGAUAACAGUAUUUUUGUAUGAAGAUUAGUGGGUGUGAAGUAUUGUGCGGUUGGGCUCUGGCUCCUGCUGCAGCCCUGUAUUUCUUUGGGAAUGUGCUGCUUAAGCAAUAUUUUUCGGAACCAAAGAAUUAUCUUGUGUUAGAAAUAUAGGAUAAGCUGCUCUAUGCCUAAUUUUAUUUAUGUUUAUUAUACUUUUGUUACUUUUUAUAGAAUCACGGCAAUCAUGGCAGCUGUAAUUCGAUGGGGAGCGAUCUUAAACUACUUUGGUUGAAAUAAACAAAUAAAGCCAACAUAAGCCGUCCAGUCAACACUAGGAAAACGGACGUAUUUACAACAUUUCAUCUUGCUUUUUUUAUAUGAAUUUUUAAAAACGGUUCAUAUCCCCAUUGAAAAUAAGUUUAAAUUCACAAAACCGUUUUAUAAUUGAUGGUUCUACCGUUACGAAAAAACCGUGACGAUGAAAUCGUAAUUAGGCAGUUCUAAAAGGGACUUGUGGAAUUGGACUUGUAGUUAUAAUUUUAGAUGCGUAUGUAGAUAUUUUAUCACGAAAUAUGUAAAGAUUAGCUCAAUUUAUCAUGUCGGAUAAUGCCAUAAUGUUAUUAUAAUUUAUAUGAGUUUAUUUUAUAGGAAACAAUAUGUUUUAAUUAAUGAGAUAUCGUUAAGUAACAUAGCAUAGAUAUGAAUGCUUGAAUAAGCCCAUUUCGCAGUAUUUGAUUACCUUAAUUCACUAAAUAUUAAAAAAAAAGUUUCUAACUCCUUCGAGAGAAAUAUUUUUAAUAUUCGAAUGCAGUUGGGGCGAAUAUCCGAAACUAUGCAGUUAUAUCCGACUGUUACGAACAUUUAAAGAAACAUCACAUAAGUUAUUAUAUUGGGACAUAUUUAAACAUUCAUAUGUAUGUAGUAUAGUACUCUCUACGAGAAUUUAAGUAGUGAUGCGCUUGUGUUGCGCGCAGAUGACUCGGAUAUUUGUCGAAACCGUUGAGUAAUUUGAAUAUAUCAUUAAUUUCAAUCCAGAACCCGUAUUAUUUAUAAUAAUAACUAACAUCAAUACGCUCGUAACAAUUAGUAUUGUCAAACUCAGCUUGAAGCGACGAUUUAAUUUAUUCCUUUUAGUCGAUAUGUAAAAGUUAACCAGUUUCGGUGUAGAAAUAAAAAUAUCGGAUGUAACAACGCAAUUAAUAUAGAUUUUUACAUGACUAUUGUGUAACAUAAGGGUAUAAAAUAUAUAAAUUGAAUCAUAAUGAGAUUAUUGUAAAUCAAUGAUAACUGCCCGUUUUUAUAUAUAAAUAUAACGCCAAUAUCCGAUUGUAAAUGAAUAAUGUACGAUAUUAUGUUAUUAAUUUUAUUAUAUUUUAUAGUCGAACAUUCCUUUUACUACUUGUACCUAAUAUUGCAUAUUAAAUUAUUGCCAAUAUAUUUGCCAGUUAAGGUUGAUAGGACAUAACACACGAAAAACACUAUAUAUUUCAAAAUUAUGUUCCUAAUAUUUGCCAAGGUAGUAACGAAAAUACCAAGCACGUUCGGAUAUAAUUAUCCGACUAUCGGAUAUUCAAAUAUUCGUUACAGCCCUAUAUCUUAUGUGUGUAAUAUUAUUCAAAUAAUAUGGUUGUAUAUAUUGUUAUAACAGAUUGCAAUGGUUUUGAUAGUAUUAAUAAAUGUAUAAAUAUUAA